AUGUUGUGGGACUUCAUGUCCCAACGUGCAAUAUAACGCUAACGUCAUAUUUGUGCUUCUUCCCGAGCCUCGGACAACUAGCUAGUAACGCUAGCAGUUAGCACGCUUUAACCAUGGUGAUGAAGUCAUCAGUUGAGGAUGAUGAUGUGGGAUGGGGACUGGGUGUCCCAGAGAAGAUGAGGAACAAUGCAAACUGGGUGGACAUUACACAUGAUUUCAAAGAGGCAUGCAAAGAGCUCAACCUUGGGGAGUUACUCCAUGACAAAUUCAGGUUUGGCCUGUUUGAGGCUAUGUCCGCCAUUGAGAUGAUGGACCCCAAGAUGGACGCCGGGAUGAUUGGCAACCAGGUCAACAGGAAAGUCCUCAGCUUUGAACAGGCAGUCAAGGAUGGUUCCAUCAGAGUGAGCGACCUCAGUCUUCCUGAGCUGAUUGGGAUCAUGGACACCUGUUUCUGCUGCUUGAUCACCUGGCUGGAGGGUCACUCCCUAGCCCAGACAGUGUUCACCUGCCUGUACGUCCACAACCCCGACCUCAUCGAGGACCCCGCCCUCAAGGCCUUCGCUCUGGGCAUUCUCAAAGUGUGUGACAUCGCCCGCGAGAAAGUCAACAAAGCCGCGGUGUUCGAGGAGGAGGAUUUCCAGGCCAUGACGUAUGGCUUCAAGAUGGCCAACAAUGUGACAGAUUUACGGGUUACAGGUAUGCUAAAGGAUGUGGAGGAAGAGUUACAGCGAAGAGUUAAGAGCACACGCAGUCGCCAGGGCGAGCAGCGGAACCCAGAGGUGGAGUUGGAACAUCAGCAAUGGAUAGCACUUUUCAGUAGGAUCAAGUUUACACGUCUUCUGCUGACAGCGCUGAUCGCCUUCACUAAGAAAGAGACCAGCUCAGUGAGUGAAGCCCAGAAACUCAUGCAGCAGGCAGCAGAUCUCCUCCCAGCCCUCCACUCCAGCAUUGAGCAUGGCAUUCAGUACCAGAACGAUACUACUAAAGGAGAUCAACCGAUCAUGAUGGGGUUUGAACCGCUGGUGAACCAGAGACUGCUGCCCCCCACCUUCCCCCGCUAUGCCAAGAUCCUCAAGAGGGAGGAGAUGGUCAACUACUUCAGCAAGCUCAUCGACCGCAUCAAGACCGUGUGCGAGGUCAUCAACACAACUAACCUACAUGGAAUUCUGGACUUUUUCUGCGAGUUCAGUGAGCAGUCCCCUUGCGUCCUCUCCAGGUCUCUGCUGCAGACAACGUUCCUGAUAGAUAAUAAGAAAGUGUUUGGGACCCAACCAAUGCAGGACUUGAUCAAAGACGCUCUGAGGUACUUUGUCAGCCCGCCGGUGCUCUCCUCCAAGUGCUGCCUGCAUAAUAACCACCAGGCCAAGGACUACAUUGACUCCUUUGUCACACACUGCUCAAGGCCCUUUUGCAGUCUCAUCCAAAUCCACGGACACAACCGCGCUCGGCAGAGAGACAAACUAGGCCACAUCCUGGAGGAGUUUGCCACACUGCAGGAUGAGGCAGAGAAGGUGGACGCGGCGCUGCACAGCCUGCUGAUGAAGCUGGAGCCCCAGAGACAGCACCUGGCUUGCCUGGGCACCUGGAUCCUCUACCACAACCUGCGAAUCAUGAUCCAGUACCUGCUCAGCGGCUUCGAGCUGGAACUCUACAGCAUGCACGAGUACUACUACAUCUACUGGUAUCUGUCAGAGUUCCUGUACGCGUGGCUCAUGUCCACUCUGAGUCGGGCGGACAGCUCUCAGGUGGCUGAGGAGCGCCUCCUGGAAGAGCAGCAGAAAGGGCGCAGCAGCAAGAAAACCAAGAAGAAGAAGAAAGGCCAAGGGGCUCGCCCCCUUAGCAGAGAAAUCACCAUGAGCCAAGCCUACCAAAACAUGUGUGCUGGCAUGUACAAGACUAUGAUCGCCCUGGAUAUGGACAGGAAGGUGCGGAAGCCGCAGUUUGAGUUGGACAGCGAGCAGGUGCGCUACGAGCACCGCUUUGCCCCCUUCAACAGCGUGGUCACUCCGCCGCCAGUCCAUUACAUCCAGUUCAAGGAGAUGUCCGAUCUGAAGAAGUACAGUCCUCCUCCCAAGUCAGCUGACCUCUACAUGGCGGCCAGCAAACACUUCCAGCAAGCCAAACUCAUCCUGGAGAACGUCCCCACCCCCGACCCAGAGGUGAAUCGGAUCCUAAAAGUUGCCAAACCCAACAUUGUGGUCAUGAAGCUACUUGCUGGGGGGCACAAGGAGACAAAGGUACUACCAGAGUUUGAUUUCUCUGCUCACAAGUACUUCCCUGUGGUCAGGAUCAUCUGAAUCCAAGCCCUGCAUUACUAUGACAACUCAAACCCAGUACCCUCCUCCCUGACCCAAGUGAGCCCAAAACGGAGACCAACUCAACAAUAUUCCCAUCUGUGUUACUCUAUGUCACUCUGGUAGGACAGAGACAGCAACAUUGUUAUACACUGCUCAAAAAAAUAAAGGGAACACCGCCUUUGUGCAAGGAGGUGCACUGCCAGAGCCCUGCAAAAUGACCUCCAGCAGGCCACAAAUGUGCAUGUGUCAGCAUAUGGUCUCACAAGGGGUCUGAGGAUCUCAUCUCGGUACCUAAUGGCAGUCAGGCUACCUCUGGCGAGCACAUGGAGGGCUGUGCGGCCCCACAAAGAAAUGCCACCCCACACCAUGACUGACCCACCGCCAAACCGGUCAUGCUGGAGGAUGUUGCAGGCAGCAGAACAUUCUCCACGGCGUCUCCAGACUCUGUCACGUCUAUCACAUGUGCUCAUGUGCUCAGUGUGAACCUGCUUUCAUCUGUGAAGAGCACAGGGCACCAGUGGCGUAUUUGCCAAUCUUGGUGUUCUCUGGCAAAUGCCAAACGUCCUGCACGGUGUUGGGCUGUAAGCACAACCCCCACCUGUGGACGUCGGGCCCUCAUACCACCCUCAUGGAGUCUGUUUCUGACCGUUUGAGCAGACACAUGCACAUUUGUGGCCUGCUGGAGGUCAUUUUGCAGGGCUCUGGCAGUGCACCUCCUUGCACAAAGGCGGAGGUAGCGGUCCUGCUGCUGAGUUGUUGCCCUCCUAUGGCCUCCUCCACGUCUCCUGAUGUACUGGCCUAUCUCCUGGUAGCGCCUCCAUGCUCUGGACACUACGCUGACAGACACAGCAAACCUUUUUGCCACAGCUCGCAUUGAUGUGCCAUCCUGGAUGAACUGCACUACCUGAGCCACUUGUGUGGGUUGUAGACUCCGUCUCAUGCUACCACUAGAGUGAAAGCACCGCCAGCAUUCAAAAGUGACCAAAACAUCAGCCAGGAAGCAUAGGAACUGAGAAGUGGUCUGUGGUCACCACCUGCAGAACCAUUCCUUUAUUGGGGGUGUCUUACUAAUUGCCUAUAAUUUCCACCUUUUGUCUAUUCCAUUUGCACAACAGCAUGUGAAAUUUAUUGUCAAUCAAUGUUGCUUCCUAAGUGGACAGUUUGAUUUCACAGAAGUGUGAUUGACUUGGGAGUUACAUUGUGUUGUUUAAGUGUUCCCUUUAUUUUUUUGAGCAGUGUAUAUGUCCCAUUAUGGCACCUGAGAUCAUGGCCAUCUCCAUUUUGAAGUAGUCCAUUUUCUUCUACUCCUUCUAUGAGUUGGUAAACAAACUUAAAGGUUGCAUACUGCCACCUAUGGUGUGUUGUUUAAAUGGAUAUAAAGCCAGAUUUACUACCACCUGCAGUUAUGGAAUGUUUUCUGACUAGUAUAAUUCAUUGGCUGAUCCUUCCUGAUGACCUGGAUGGAAUUAUGUGAUCCUUCCUUAACCCAUAUGAAGUCUCACCCAGUUGACUACUUCAAAAUGGUGGAAGUCCUCAGUUGCACUGCCCUUGCUAAAACCGGCUUUUGGGCCCUAGAGUCCUCUACCUCUGUGGCAUUGACCCACAAAGGACUACAAAUACCAGACAUCGCAGAGGACUGACUGAACUACAUCCUCCACAAUUCCCAAAACAAACUUGACUAUGGUAUUAAAAUUAUUUAUUUUUUGUAAUCUCUGUCAUACACUUCCUCAAUAAAAACCUAUUAUUAUUUAACAGUUCAAAAAA